GAUCACCGUUCCACGGAAAGAGCCGAAGAUGUCGGUUCGGUCAUGUGAUCAGCUGUGUCCAAUCACAGCUGAUCACAUAGCACUGAUGAUCAGUGUGCCCUGAUGAUCUGUGUAGCCCCAGCAGCGCCAACUGUCAGUGCCAGCUCUCAGUGCUCAUUCAUGCCACCUGUCAGUGCCCAUCAGUGCCACAUCAAUGCCACAUAUCAGUGGCAAUAUGAGCUGCCUUUUAGUGUCACCCAUCAGUGCCAGUCAGUGCCACCUAUCAAUGCCAGUCAGUGCCACCUAUCAGUGCCAGUCAGUGCUGCCUAUUAGUGUGCAUCAGUGCCACCUAUCAGUGCCAGUCAGUGCCACCUAA